CUGACCCAGCCCGGGGCCCUGGGACCCUCAAUAAUUGAGCCGGGAAAUCCCCCGCCGGAGGCUGGGGUGCGCGGCGGUCGCCCCUGCCCGCACCACCCCCCCCGCCGGGGCCCCUAAACGUCCUUCUCCGCGGCAGCUCCACAGAGACCGGAACCGGGGCGCGAGGCGGCCCGCCCGAGACCGGAAGCGGAAGCGUGGGGCGGUGCCGCGGAGGGAGCCUCGGGUGGUUUGCUGCGUGGGGUGUGCGGUCUCCUUCGCGCGUGACCGGCUUCACGUGACAGGAAAAGGAUUUCUCCAGCUCCAGUUUGUGUUAAAACCAGCUUCAGGGCCCACCAGCCUCAAAGUCCACCAUCCUCACUGAUCCGUGGAUUUCGGUGUGACCAGAGCCUGGCCUGCGUGCACUGUGGGGACAAGAGCACGAGCAUCCAGGUUCUCUGUCGGGGUCACAGGAUGGCGGCCAUGGUUCUGUCUCCCACCUGCGCUCAGCCUUCCCUGUACUCGGCCUCCCCUCAGAGAGGAUGCGUGGAGGGGGAAGGGUUGGCUCAUGGCUUCCUGACAGGCUGGUUACCGGACUCGGUGACCUUCGAGGAUGUGGCGGUGGAGUUCAGCCAGGAGGAGUGGGCCCUGCUGGACCCUUCUCAGAGAACACUGUACAGAGAUGUGAUGCGGGAAAACUGCAGGAACCUGGCAUCUCUAGGAUAUCAUGUUGAUAAGCCCAGUCUGAUCUCCCAACUGGAGCAAGAAGACAAGGUGAUGACAGAGGAGCGGGGAAUUCUCCAAGGCACCUGUUCAGAUUUGGAGACUGUACUUAAAGCCAAAUGGUUAACUCCUAAGAAGCAUGUAUUUAGAAAAGAACAUUCUAAUGGUAUAAAAGCGGAAAGAAGUCACCUUGGAGUGAAACUCAAUGAAUGUAACCAGUGCUUUAAAGUCUUCAGCACAAAAUCUAACCUCACUCAGCACAAGAGAAUUCAUACUGGAGAAAAACCCUAUGACUGUAAUCAGUGUGGGAAAUCCUUCAGCAGUAGAUCUUACCUGACUAUUCAUAAGAGGAUACAUAAUGGGGAGAAACCCUAUGAAUGCAAUGACUGUGGGAAAGCCUUCAAUGACCCUUCAUCCCUUAGACUGCAUGUGAGAAUUCACACUGGAGAAAAACCCUAUGAAUGUAAUCAAUGUUUUCAUGUUUUCCGCACUAGUUGUAACCUAAAAAGCCACAAGAGAAUUCAUACAAGAGAGAAUCACCAUGAAUGUAAUCAGUGUGGCAAGGCCUUCAGCACGAGGUCCUCCCUUACUGGGCACAACAGUAUUCAUACAGGGGAGAAACCUUACGAGUGUCACGAUUGUGGGAAAGCCUUUAGGAAGAGCUCAUAUCUGACCCAGCAUAUGAGAACUCAUACUGGAGAAAAACCCUAUGAGUGUGAUCAGUGUGGAAAAUCCUUCAGCAGUAGCUUUUCUCUGACUGUGCACAAGAGAAUUCACACUGGGGAGAAACCCUAUGAAUGCAGUAACUGUGGGAAAGCAUUUAAUAAUCUCUCAGCUGUUAAGAAACACGUGAGAACUCACACUGGAGAAAAGCCCUACGAAUGUAAUCACUGUGGAAAAUCUUUCACCACUAACUCUUACCUUUCUGUGCACAAGAGGAUUCAUAAUAGGUGGAUAUGAGUACAGUAACCAGGAAAAUAUUCGUUGAUUUCUCAUCCCUCUGGCAACCGAUGGUAACUCACUAGAUGUAUGCGUUAUCUGUUGCUGCAUAUUUCCCUCUAAAACAUUGUGGCUUCAGACAACAUACAUUUAUCUCACAAUUUCUGUAGGUCAGGAAUUUGGAAAUGGCUUAGCUGUGUAGUUCUGGCUCAGGAUCUGUCAUGAGGUGAGGUCAAGACGUCAGCUGGAACAACACUCAUCUGAGUCUUUACUGCUGAAGAAUCUACUUCCAAAAUGGCUCACUCACGUGUCUGGCAGGUUAAUGCCAGUUGUUGGCAGGGAACCUUCGUUACCUCACUCUCCACAGGGCUAAGUAUCUUUAUGAUGUAGCAGCAGGUUCCUCCCAAAGCAUUUGAUCUGUGGGAGAACUAAAUGCAAAAGCCACAUUGACUUUAUCAACCUAGCCUCAGAAGGACAUAUUAUCACUUCUUCCAGACUGUAUUGCUCAUAUAAUGUGGGAAGAAAUUACACAGGGUAUGUAUAUCAGGAGACGACAGAUUGUAAGAAACCAUCUGAGAAGCUUGCCAUGAAAUCAGUGGAGAAAAGCCUUUAGCAGACUCUCAUUCUAUCCUAUAUGAAGUAGCCUUCAAUAACUCAUAUUAAUUCGCUCUGGAGAGAAAUCUCACAUGUGCAAGCUUUGUGGUAAGCUUGUCAGCUCAAACUCACCCCAAUGUGCAGAAAAGAUUAUGUAUGGGGAGAAACCUGAGGAAUGCAGUAGCUGUAGGAAAGCCUUCAUGAUAUUUCUAGGGAGUCAGGUGACAGUUCACACUAUGGAGAAAGCCUUUUCAAUAUCAUCAGAAUGCAAAAGCCUUCAGGGACACUCAUCCCUUAGAGCACAUGUGAGAAACCACUAGAGAGGAAUAUCUGUAGAAAGAAUGUGGAAACCCCUUCAGCACAAGUCUUUGCAUUAACUGAGCAAAAGAUGGGGAAAUAUUCUGAAUACAAUUACUAUGGGAAGGCCUUGAAUGUUCUCUGAAUUUUUAAGAAGCAUGAGGAUUUCUUCUGGAGAGAAAGUCCUAUUGAAUGUCAUCAGUACUGGAAAGUCAUUUUUCCACAUUCCUUAGGAAACUGAGAAUUCACUGCAAAGACGCUUGUGAAUAUAAAGACCAAGGGAAUGCCUUUAAUAAUACCUCCUACAUUAGGAAAAAUAUGAAGUUUUCUCUGGAUGCAAAACUUGUGGGUGUAUUAAUUUUGAAAAAUCUUUCAGUGAUUCUUUGUUGAUUUAUGAGAACUGACUUUGGAGGCAAACCCUGGAAAAGUAAUCAGUAUGAGGAUGCCUCCGCUCUUUACUGAGUGGCCACAAAAUAAACUGGGACCAGACAUUUAUUAAUAGAUAGUUGAGUGUGGGAUUACUUUUACAGUGUCUCAUCCUAAGAUUGGGCCACGAGUUUGUUAGUUUUUAGUCUUUUUGUUUUAGUAUAAACACUUAUGUCUAGAGCCAUACUCUAAAAUAAAUGUUAAGUUAUGUUCCAUAGUUUUGUAUUUAGUAUGUUUGCUAUAAUUUACUCUUUAAAAAAUCAGUACGUAGCAUAUUCAAAAAAGCAUUUCUGAAUAUCUCCUGAGUGAAUUAGUUUAUCAUAGAGGAAAUUAGACUAUAUUUACUAUAUACUUUUCCUAGUUUAAUGGCAUUUUUGUCAGGUAAGUGGAGUUUAUGACACUGAUUCUUUUUUAUCUUUCUACCCUGGUAUGGUAUUUUGUUUAGCUUCUUUCCCAAUGUCCAUUCUCCCCUACUUAUUUACUUUAAAAAUGUUUUCGUUGUUGUUCAAGCUGUCAAUGAGCAGGAUUGAAAAUACUCAAUCUCCAAGGCUUCUUUGAAGCCCAGAGGGGUAUUGCCUUGCUCUGCUGACCAUGAGAAAUAGGUAGGAGUCACUAAGGAGAACAUCAUCUGACUUGUUUGCCUCACCUAUAUUCUGUUCAUCUUACCUGUUCUUUCUCUUGAACGUGGACUCAAGGCAAGAGUUGAAAGAGCUAUAUUUUGAUCAUGAUGACAAAAACCACAGUGCAGCAAAAAAUCACAAUGAUAUGGGCUCCUCCAAAAUCUCUGAUUGGCAGUAUCAGCUCUGGACUGCUUGUUCACAGACUUGUCCUUAUAUGAUUAAAAAUAACCUCUAACUGGUUGAAGCCAAAGUCAUUUUUAUUUUUUGGUUUGUUUUUGAGGUGGUAUUCUGUUCAUGUCCAGCUGAAUGCAAUAUCUAACUAGUCAACCUAUUAGUUGGUCACAUUUUGUAAGUGUUCAUGUUUCUUUGAAAAUAAUGUAUAUUCUCUAAGUUUUAGAUGUAGAGUAUGUGCCUAUUAACUCAAGCUAAUUGUGUUUUCAGAGAUAGUAUGUACAUUCAGAUUUUUGUCCUCAGACUUAUUUAAUGAUAGAUAUGUAUUAAAGUCUUCUGCUCUGGAUAUGGAUUAACACUUUUUUGCCAUUUCUGUCAUUUUUUUCUAAUAUAUAUUUUGACAUAUAACUGAGUACAUUCAGGAUUAGUUUUUUUUCUUGUGAAUUGUUCCUUUUUAUGUAGUGGUCAUUUUUUAUAGUGUUAUUUCAAUACAUUAAUAAAGGACUAAACAUUUACAUAGCCCUUCCUAUAGGCGAGGCAUUCUUCUCAAUGCCUUAUGAAUAUUAACUUACUGAGUACUCAAUAUAAGCUUAAGGAAGCAUGUACUGUUAUUAUCCCCAUUUUACAGAUGAGAAAACUAAUGUGGUGUACCUGUAAUUUACCUGAGCUCCCUGUCUAGUAAAUGGUAGAGCCAAGUUUUGAACCCAGACAGUCUGUGCUCUUAACCACAAAUCUUUCUAUUAAAUAUAUUCUAUAUGCUAGGCACUGUUUAAGACACUGGUGUUUAUAGCAAUGAAUGAAACUCAAGUUUUGUUAUUGAAGCACUUACGUUUUAGUGGGGGAAAGAUGGAUUAUAGAAAAAUCAAGAAAACAUGCAACAUAAGCGUUCAACAGAAAAGCAAAGCACUGGGGCACCUGGGUGGCUCAGUGGUUGAGUGUCUGCCUUCAGCUCAGGUCAUGAUCCCCAAGGUCCUGGGAACAAAUUCUGCAUCAGGCUCCCUGCAGGGUGCCUGUUUCUCCCUCUGCCUAUGUCUGCUUCUGUGUGUCUCUCAUGAAUA